AUGGACGCUUAUGCUUUCUCAUAUUCCAACACUAUUGUUGUGAUGAAGCACUUUGGUCAUAGAAGAGCUCACAGUUAUGAUAUUGACAGACCUUUUAAACAAAUGAAAAUUGAAAACAUUAUUCAAUCCAAUCAAAUAAAUCAUAUAAAUAUUAUUAAUUACAAUCACACUCAUCCUAACACCAUCAUCAACAAUAACAAUAACAAUAACAACAACAACAUUCUCAACAACAACAAUAACACAAACAACAACUUAGAUAAUAAUAAUAAUAAUAAUAAAAUAGUAACCACUACACAAACAUCAGUUUUAACAAAUAUUAAUAAUUUUAAUUUACUUAAUGUUAAUAAUCAAAAUAAUUUAAAAGACAACACUUUCCAAAUUUAUUAUAACCAUUAUUCAUCAAGUGGUAAUACAUUAUUCAAAAACAAUAUUAAUAAUAAUAAUAAUAGUAGUUUAAAUAAUAAUAAUAUUAUUUAUAAUAAUAAUAAUUAUAUUUCCAAUAUGGGAACUAGAGAAAAUCAACCUGAUGAGGCAGAGGUUUUCACUCCACCUCCAUCACCAAGAGGAAAUAACUUAAACCUCAAUAACAAUAUCAAUAAUAAUCUAAUCAAUAAUAUUGAAAAGAGACAGCAAAUGCAGCAACAACAACAACAGCUACAACAUCAGCAAGUUUCAAGUGAUUCUGAAAAGUUACAGAGUCAGUUUAAUAGUUUGACUACACAAAGUACAGCUAAUAUUUUGGUUGCGGAGGAUGAUAAGAUGUAUCAAUUGGUUGCAAAGCGUUUGCUCUCGAAAUUGGGACAUUCUGUGACCAUCGCCAAGAAUGGACUGAAGGCUGUCGAGGAGGCCACAUCCGGAAAACCAUACGAUUUCAUCCUAAUGGACGUCGAGAUGCCAGAGAUGGAUGGUCUGGAAGCAACAGGAAAAAUAAGACAGUUUGAACAAGCAAAGUUUGGAAUGAUGGCCAAUUCAACUCAACGUAGAAUCCCUAUAAUAGCCUAUACAACCAGUGAGAGAAGUCGGUGUAUGUCGGCGGAUGUCGACGAACAUCUGCUGAAACCGGCGAGUGUUGAAGCACUGAAAUCAAUGAUCACUCUCUACCUAAAGAACAAAGGAAGUGAUCCAUCAAAAAGAUCAACGAUUCCUAUUCAAUAA